AUGAGGUUGGGGCUCCAGGGCUGGUGGUCUGUGUAUCUGUGGAUGGCACUCAAGUCUGGUGUGAAGGUUGGUGCAAUGCAGUACUUUUAGGUUCACUGUAGUAGAUGUGAUAUACUUACUCCUCAUAUGUUCAGAAAUUAAUACAAUGCAUAAUGCUGCUGUUUCAGACAUGCUCCUAACUAACUGAUGUCCAUGUUGAAGGACUUGGCUAUGCUGACUUGGAAAAUUGUGUGCCAUGUGGCCCAGAGACGGUGCUGAGGAUCGCCAGCAUCAGUAAACCCCUAACUAGCAGCUGUGGGAGGAGGGGAAGCUGGACCUAGAUGCCCCUGUCCAGAAAUACGUCCCUGAGUUCAGGGAGAAGAUGUAAGUUGAGUUCCUGAGAAGUUACAUGAAAUAUACAUUCUAUCAAACAAACAUGAUCCUCUCACCUUGAACUCUCUUUUCCCACCAGUGUCAAUAUUUUGAUUUUGAUUUAUCAAAGUUCUGUCUUUUCUCUUUGAUUUCCAGGUGACUAUAACCCCACGGCUGAUUCUCUCACCUGAGUGGCAUACGGCACUAGAAGAAGGACGCUAAUAAGUGAGGGAGGACAGGGAGAAGGCCAAAUGACCUUUGAAACUGCCUGGUAAAGAGGAAAAUAACUAAUCUUAUUUCAAAGAGAAACCAAAGACAGAGGACAGCAGCACCAUGUGCAAGGAAACCAAAUAGGGCCAGAAGAAAAAAGAAUUUGUGCAAGAUGAGUACUACCUGAAAGACAGCUUUGACAGGGUCAUUCAAGCCGUGGAUCUUUUCAAGGACGAUCCUCUUUCAAACCUGGUAGGUGCCAUGUAAGAGUUGUGGCUGUCAAUCAAAUCAACAAAUUGAAUCCUAUGUGUAUGUAAAUGAAUUGACAUGAAAGUAAACUUGGUUUUGUCAUCUGCAGGCACCACUUUUUGUACUCAACCCACACCUUCACCCUCCUCAGUGUCGUGGUGGCGAGAGCUGCAGGCCAGCGUUUGCUGGAUCACAUAAUGAAGAUGUUCAGGUAACUGGGCAUCCUCAACACUGUGACCAAUCUCCACAGCAUGUUACAUUCAGUGGUAACUUGGUGUAAGAUAAGCUUGGCUUUUGAAUUCUGAGUAGUUUUUUCAGAUGUUUUACAAGUUUUGCACUUUUUGUUGCAGGUUUUAUCAUUUCAAUAAGAAAGGACGCACAGUAAACUGCCCUUACGUGGAUAACUCCUAUAAGUGGGCAGGAGGUGGCUUUCUCUCCACUGUGGGAGACCUGCUCCUGUUUGGGAAUGCUCUGCUCUACAACUACCAAGUGGCCUACCUGAAGGACGGCACAGACCUCCUGCCUGGCUUCCUCAAACCAGAGACAGCCCAGGCUCUGUGGGCAUGGUGGACAAGACAGAGGCCUCCUGGGAUAAGGAUGGGCUGUAUGCACAGGUCUGGCUGGUGGUGGAGAAGGAGCAGAAGUACAGCCAGUGCAGGAGCCACAGACAUUAUAUCUCACAUACAGGGGGUGCCAUGGAGGCCAGCAGUGCCCAGCAGCCCAAAGGACUGACUACAGCCCUACCUCAGGGAAUAGUGGUGACCAUCAUCACUAACAUGCAGUCUGUGGGACUCGACAGCACAGCACUGAAGAUCGCCCAUGAGUUUGACAAAGCCAGAGGCUAA